AUGGACAUUCUAUUUCCUGAGCACCCCAAAGAUGAAGACAGUUCCCCAAGAAGAAGACUUCCAUCCAUUCGCGAACAUAAUAGUAAAGAAGAAAAACUGGAGGAAGAAAUCAUGUCCUACAUUUGUGUUUUGGACGACUGGGAAAUCAAAAAGGAUGAUCUGACGAUUCUAAAUAAGAAAUUAGGUGGAGGAUGUUUUGGGGUUGUAAAGAAAGGAUUGUACAAAAAGAAAGAGGAUGAUAAAGAAUUUGUGGCUGUUAAAAUGCUAAAAGACGCACGAUCGGGGGCAGACCGCUCGGAUCUCUUAAUGGAGCUAUUUAUUUUGAAAGAAGUCAACAAAACUCCACAUCCAAAUGUCAUAAAACUAAUUGGAGCAUAUACCAUCGCAGAACCUAUCAUGGUAUUAACAGAGUUUUGCUCGCGUGGGAAUCUGCGGUAUCUACUAAAAGAUAGUCGAGUGUCAUUGACUGAUGACAAUAACGAGGACAUAUCACAAUGCAAAAAUGUUUUUUCAACAUUAAGCCACAGAAAACUACUUCAGAUUGCUGCCGAUAUAGCAUGUGGAAUGAAACAUUUGGCUGCAAGUCAGUUUGUUCAUAGGGAUCUCGCAGCAAGGAACAUUCUCAUUUCAGCCAACUAUGAGGCGAAAGUGUCUGAUUUCGGUUUGGCCAGGCCGAUCACUGGGGUCGAACAAAUGUAUGUCAAGUCAAACAGAAAUUUAUUACCUGUGAAAUGGAUGGCAGUUGAAUCACUUACACAAGGAAUAUUUCGAACUUCAAGUGAUGUGUGGGCAUACGGUAUUGUACUCUGGGAAAUCACAACAUUAGGGAAGGAGCCAUACCCCGAUAUCUCCCCAUUCGAUACAUUCGCCUUUGUCACAUCAGGAAAUCGUAUGGAGCGACCUCCUCAUUGCUCAGAAGAACUGUAA